CCUCAGAGCUACCAGCGAUGCACGGAAGCCAGAACGCGCGUGUGCUGAGCUUGCCGCCAGAGCUGAGCGCCGUCGAAUCAAGCAGCUCCGAGCCUCAGGUGCCCACUAGAGCUCAUGAGCUUCUUAGCUCCACGGAUGCGUCUGCUCCUGCUGCGAGUCCCGCGGCGCCGCGCCGUCGUGUUGAAGACUUUUACGACGUGCAAACGGAAUUGCUAGGACGAGGACACUACGCGACGGUGUGUCGUGGCCGCUGCCGUCGCACAGACCGCGCCGUCGCCAUUAAGAAGGUCAAACGCUUCAUGACCGACCCAAAGCGUCUACGCUCUGAGAUCACGGCGUUGCGCCGCGUCAAGCAACAUCCGAACAUCGUAGAACUCAUCGACGUGUUCGAGACGACGCGCGAGGUGCACCUCGUACUGGAGCUCUGCACAGGCGGCGAGCUGUUCGAAAGAUUAGCCGAGAAAGGCGCGUACUCAGAGGCGGACUGUGUGCGCCACGUGCGGGACAUGGCAAGUGCCGUGCAGUAUCUCCACGAAUGUGGCAUCGUGCAUCGCGACCUGAAACCAGAGAAUAUCCUGCUGUCCACCUCCAACGAGCAUGAUGCAGUUGUGAAGGUCGCGGACUUUGGACUCGCCAAGAUCUUUGCAGGGACCAAUUUGAAGACCAAAUGCGGCACGUGGGGGUAUUCUGCUCCCGAGAUGAUCUCUGGCUCCGGAUCGGCCUUUGGAUACGAUGACAAGGUGGACUCGUGGAGUCUGGGGACGGUUCUGUACAUUUUACUCUGUGGCUAUCACCCGUUCGACCCGGAAGGCGAGCGGUCGGACAACGAGAUGAUUGCGAGCAUCAAAUCCUGCAGCUUCGAGUUCGACGACGACGGCUGGGGAACUAUCAGCGACGAAGCCAAGGAUCUCGUCCGACAUUUGUUAGUAUUGGACCCGGACGACCGCUUCAGCAUGACACAAGUGCUGGAACAUCCGUGGAUCGUCGGCUCUUCGUCGGCGGCAGCUCUUCAGGCUUCGGGACAUCCACUCUCGCCUACCAUUCACCAGGAGCUGGCCAAGUAUCGAGAACACACUAAACAGAAGGUACGUUAUUCAUGA